GCAAAGGGGCGCACUUCACGGAUUUGAGGAACUUCGCCGAGUCGGUCGUGAACGAGUGCCCGGAGGAGCUGGGCUUCGACCUUGAGCCAGAUGAGCUAACGCUGCCGCUGGAGACCCUCGCUUCGUACACGCUGACUCCCACUACGGCGCACGCGAUGCCAAUGUACAAAGUAUUCCAGGCGUUGUGGCAAGCGGGGCCGCUGCAACGAUCCUUGAGCUUGCUUGGGCGCGAGGGCGCCAAUGGCAUCAACGAGUUCUGGCGCAACGCUCAGCACUUGGACUGGGCGCGACGCCAUCCGGAGCUUGCGGGGUACACCUUGGACGAUCUCGGCCGCACCCUUGGGAUAGUGAUCCACGUUGACGGA